CACGUGUCCUGUUUCAAAUCCUUUUGCUAUUGAGAGCAUCAUAUAUUACUUACCUUCCGUCGAAGUAUUGGUGCCACUGCAAUCAACAAGAAUCGAGAACUAUAAUAAAACAAGAAAGAGUAUGGCUGAAAACGGGCAAAUGAUUGAUACUGUAAAUCCCCAGCAAGUGAGCAGAAGGACGGUGAUUCUGGCAACACUGGCUGGAAUAGCAGUAGAAGGCCCACUUUUGGGGAUGAUGGGUUUCAGCUUUGUGACUUCUUUGAUAAUUCUCGUCGUAACUUCUCCGCUGCUCUUGAUAGUUAGCCCUCUGUUGUUUGGUGCUGCUUGUAUUUUCGCAUUCGCCAUCGCAGGCUUUGGGGUGGCUGGGACUAUGGCUUUUGCAGGAUUAUCUUCGUUUGUUCUGGUCUAUCGUUCACUAAUUAAAGGCGGAAGGAAAACGGGUGUAGACUAUAGCGAUACUGAUGUGCCGGUGGUUACUGUGGAUAAAAUGAUUCAGCCGGACGAGACUGUAGAGAAGGAGCAGCAGCAGCUGGACACUGAAGUGGCAGGUAAUGUGGAGAGAAUUGAGGCAGAUGAAGCUGUAAAGGAGCAGCAAGAGGACACAUCAGUGCCAGUUACUAGAAUUGUUGAGUUGUUUGAGUCUUUGAAGGAGCAUCCCCAUGACACUGUUGUGGAGGAGCAUCACCACGAUCAAGAUAUGCCGGCAAGCCCUGGCUAUUUGCACCAAAAUGUGCAGCGCGAGAUACCACUAUAGAGAUAUGUAGUCAGGAGAGAAUAGUCUUCUCUUUAAUUAUAUGUUUUAUACCCUGCACACGUUCAUUUUUGGAGAGUGCUUUUCCUCUUUACUUCUACUUAUUUUGGUCUCUGUAGUAUGUACAUAUAAGUGUGGGUUGUAGCCUUUUUUUUUUUUUUUUUUAGUUGGCUGUAUGGUGCUGUUUUUCAUCCAGCUAAAAGUGCAUGGCUUUUUAUUUUGUUCCAA